AACUCCAAAAAUUUGUAAACAUUACAAUAAUGUCUUCUUCUUUAGAAUCAAAUCUUGUCAACUAUGGCUUCCUUAUUAUCAGUGCAAUUUUGUCAAUUGUCUUCAUUAGUUCCAUCAAAUCUAUCAUCAAUUUCAUCAAAGAUACAUUACAUCAUUCCCCUAAUCAAGGAGGAGAGUCAGAUGAAGCUCCUCCUCAAGAAGUUGUACCAAUUGAGGUACGUCCAGACAUGUCGUUGGAUGAGAUAAAUAUACUGACUGAUAACUUCGCGGAGAAAGGUCUUAUUGCUGAGGGGUCUUAUGGCCGCUUUUAUGGUGCGACAUUAAGCAAUGGACAGAAACUAGCAAUAAAGAAAUUGGAUACUGAUUCUUCUGCAGAAUCAGAUACUGUAUUCGCAGACCAGGUACAAAUGGUGUCAGGACUUAAACAUGAGCAUUUUGUGACACUGUUAGGUUAUUGCUUGGAAGCAAAUAAUCGAAUCCUGGUUUACGAGUCUGCAACCAUGGGCACAUUGCAUGAUGUCUUACAUGGUAAAAAAGGAGUAGAAAAUGCUGAGCCUGGUUUAGUUCUUACCUGGAAUCAGAGAGUUAAAAUUGCUUGUGCUGUAGCUAGUGGCCUUGAAUAUCUACACAAACAUGAUGAACCAAUUAUCCAUCGCGAUAUCAGAUCUAGCAAUGUACUACUGUUUAAUGAUUUUACCGCGAAAGUUGCUGAUUUCGACUUAACAAAUCAGUCUUCAGAGGAUUCCACUAGAGUUCAGGAGAGUUAUGGUUACCAUGGUCCAGAGUAUGCCUUGGGAGAAAAGAUAACAGACAGAAGUGAUGUUUAUAGUUUUGCUGUUGUUCUCUUAGAACUGUUGACAGGAAGGAAGGCAGUUGAUUAUACAAUGCCUGAAGGGGAACAAAGUCUAGUUACAUGGGCAACUCCACUAUUAAGUGAUGAUAAAGUUCAAGAGUGUGUUGAUCCAAAACUAAAUAAUGAGUACCCUACAAAGGCAGUUGCUAAGGUGGCAGCUCUUGUAGGACUUUGUAUUCAAGAAGAGCCACUUUUCAGACCAAACAUGUCAAUUAUGGUCAAGGCACUGCAGCCACUUCUUAACGCGGACUAAACCAGGAUCAACGCCUUGUUCUACAACAUACUUUAUUGAAACAAACAGAUAGAGACGAAUUCAGGAUUUAAAGUUUAUGAAUUUCUUAUUAACAGUUAUCGUGGAUCCGCCCUCGCAAACAUGGACUAACUUUCAAUAUUAACAAGGUUGUGGUCCAAGUCAAGAAUUCUGGUACUAGCAGAUAAAAUGUUGUUUUGUUCAUGUUCUUUUCUACAAGUCGAAACCAUUUCAAGAUUUUGCUGUAACCUAAAUUUUUCUUCUUCUUUUAUUUUGUAUUAUAAGAAUGAUACUUGGACAAAACUUUUUUGUUUUUGUUGUAAUUGAUUCAUUAUUUACAUAAGCUGGGAAUUGGAAGUGUGAUUACAAGUAGGGAUUGUUGGUGCUAUAUUAUUUCUUUUAGAUUUUGCACAAUUAUAAUAUAUGCUCACUAAUUAUUGAAAUGUAGGUCGAUAAGUAUAGUCUCGCAGGUGGGAUUUGACGAGGAUAGGAUAUACACAAACUUUACAGGGUAGAAAGAUUGUUUUCGAUAAAUACUUACCAUAGUGUUUAAUUAUUCCCAAAGGCGAAUCCUAACCGAAGCAAAUUUGCCCCGGUUCUCUCUUUAGUGUUCGCGUAUCAAGCUCGCAUUGACCAGUUUAGUUUCUGAGAUUGGUAUGCUCUAUAUUAGUAAAAGAAACCCUCGGGUCUUGUUUUGUCUUUACUGACGCCAAGCUACCUCGCCUUUUGUUGGUGAAGUGAAUGAAAUCGUUAGAUUCCCGUUUGGGAUCACUGCAAUUUAGACCUCGACUAAUUCCACGAGACACCUGUUAUAUUCCCAGAGACAUUCUUGUUCUCCAUUCUUCUAUUAUCUUUGUUGAAAGAAAGCAAAUGCACAGAAAUUACAGAAUGAAAGUUGAGAACCAAAGAUCCAUAAUAGAAAAAACCAGCAAGAACAUUCAUCUAUAGAGAAUAGGGCUAUUGAAAUAAAUAAACCCAAAGUUGAAAGAGAUUACAAGAACAA